ACUUCACUUCACUCAAAUGUCAAUCACCCGUCAAUACUAAUGUCAUUUUUAUGAAAACAUUUUACAAUUUAAAUAAAUCUAUUUUACAAUGCCUAUCGAUUGCCAAAGAUCCACGUCCGGGGGUAAGGGGAACAUCGGUUUCUUCAUAGAGAGAGACACUAAGGUCUGCGCUGCUGGUAUACCCACCGCCCAACCUGAUGACAAGGUCUCUGAUUCCCUCCAACAUUACCUCCUGAAGGAUGAAGCAGAUGCCCUCCUCAGCGACGCUAUCCACCCUCCAAAGCCUCCAAGACCUUUACCGCCUCUCAGACACCCUCCGAAGUUGGAUAUGCGAAAUGCUUACUACGGACAAGUAGCCCAACUUGUCAACCCACCACCUAAAUCGAAGUAUCAAGUCAUUGCUGAUAAUUUAAAAGAUACCGUGUAUUCUUCUUAUUGGACGAAGAGUUUAGCGCAGUCAAAAGACCCGGUACCUAUGCUGCCCGAGGGCUUUGAUAUAGAAGGCACUACAUUCGGUAAGAAGACGAAAUAUCAUGAAAGUUUGUAUGAUAUUGUCAUGCCUAAGGUUCCUUUACCUGAUAAGACUCCACGUGCUAAGCAGUUAGCUGUCCAAACUAAUAGGAAAUACUGCAGGCCUCCUUAUAACCCAAAUUUAACAUACGGUCACAGAACAGGCCUCGAUAAAAGGGGGAGAGCUACUCAAUGCUGUCUUACUGAUGAUAAAGUCAAGACUGGUACAAGCGGUCGUGAAAUUGUAAACAGUGUUUUAGCUGAUUACCGGACCUUUUCAAAGCCAACAUUGGGAGAUGUUCUAACACCUUAUAAUAAUAUCAAUGAAGUCCCCCAAGGACAUGCUUUUGGGAAGAUCGGUCGUCCGGACAGCGUCGCAGAAUGCUUAGCGAACUGCAAGAUUAAUCCAGAGAAGGAAUACUUUAAGAAAUGUUUUAACCAUCUUAAUAAACUUAGGAAAAUACUAUCAACUCGCUACUUACCAACGUUCUUCGGUAAUUUUUAUUUAGGUCUUAAAUUCUUUGACAAAGAACGCACAGGAUGGCUCCCAAAAGAAGUAGUUUACAACUACGCUGGUACAAAAUACAUCAGAUUCGACGCAUCGUUGAUAGAACCUCUACUCUUACUCUGGAACGCUUUCGACGGGCAACAGAUAGAAUAUAAAACAUUCGUCCGCGCCAUAAACUACAGAAUACCAUCGGCAGAAACACCCAAGUUACCCGACUUCCCUGACGCGUGUAUAGAUUAUAGAACAACUUAUACAGAGAUGGUAAAGCCAGGCCAGCCUCCUGACUGCUCGCCUAUGGCAGGGGUGCCAUCAGGUAGAUACUUCGACUUGGAUUUCCCGAUAACUCCAGAGUACUACUCAAAAGCCGAUAGGGCUUGUCUUUCUCAUGAGACAGACAUGAAAGCCUGCAUAGCCCCUAGCGUCAUGACAUUGUUUCACGUGAACCAUAGAGAUAUGUACGAGAAGCGAGAACCAGAGGUCGUUCGACGGGUGUUCGAGAAAAUCGGGGAACAGUUUACUGAUGAGAGUUUUAAGAAUAUUUGGAAUGAAGCGAAGAAGUAUCAUUCUGAGGGCUGGGUGUGUUUAGAGACCUUUAGACGCGCUUUGGAGGCGUAACGACCUGGCAGCAAGGAUUAGGACAUUUUGUCUUCGCUGUGACAGGAUCAAUUCUGUCACGUCUUU